AUGUUCUAUUUAUUGGUUGCAUUCCUGUUACUCCUUGGUUACUCCGAAGCCGGAACAGAGGCCAAUUUCGAAGACACGAGAUGUAGAUGUAUUUGUCCCAGUCUUCUGAAGUUCCUCGAUGUGGCUGAAAAUGCAACAGAGAAGUCAGAUGGGCUAAAGAGACGGUUCUACACAAAAACCAACAUAGAGCCUAGUCACUGUAAACCAAAUAACAUCGUGAAAGAUCAAGUCAGCAAUCUUGUCGACGAGACACACAUGGACGCUUUCCUUGCAAAUUGUGACUGCAGAUACGAAUCGAGGAAUACUGUGCUCCUGAAAGUCGUUGUCAUUUUCGUGAUAUGUGUAAUCGCAGUUCUCACUGGAUAUAUGGUGUUUCUUAUGUGCUUGGAUCCCAUGCUUCGUAAGAAAAGACUAUCAAUUAGUUAUCAACAACAUAAUGAUGAAAUGGAGGAUAAUAUCUUCGCAGCUGCUCCGUCUACAGAUGAUGAGUCAUCCACUGCCAGUAAUUCGAUGGAUACACAAGGAACAACGAGAGCGAGAAGUAAUGUUCUCGGAAGAGUCGAGGCCGAGCAAAAUCGAUGGAUGAAGAAAGUUGAAGAACAACGAAGGAACAUUUUCGAAGAUCACACGAUGCUCAAUUAG